AUGCUGGCCGAUAAAACUACAUUUCAAAAAAUGGGAAAGAAACAGAAUGGGAAGAAUAAAAAAGUUGAAGAGGCAGAGCCUGAAGAAUUUGUGGUAGAAAAAGUGCUGGACCGUCAUGUCAUGAAAUAUUUCCUGAAGUGGAAGGGGUUCACAGAAAAGCUGGUAAAGAAAAAGAUGGUACAGAAAGGAAAUCUUUAUCUGACUGUGAAUCUGACAGUAGCAAAUCGAAGAAGAGAAGAGACACUGCUGACAAACCAAGGGGCUUUGCCAGAGGUCUUGAUCCUGAAUGACUAA